AUGAGAAAGUCCAUUGAUUCCAAAUUCGAAUUAUUCGGUGUCCAUUCGAAAACCGUACACAACGCUACCGCGCGAAGUCCGACACCAAAUGAAAAGCUCACCGUGGACCGGAGCAAACAAAAAAAGGUGAAUAGAGAACGCCCAGUCAAUCUAAACCUUAUAUCCGAGUCACCGCCCAUUCGAGUAGAACGUGUGCUAUAUAUCACCGUCUCGCUCACUUCCCUUCGAAAACGACAAGGACAGAGGACCGCGGUGUUAACACGAGAGCGUAGAUUUAACGAAUCGGUAUUUAAUGGCGCUUCUUGUCUCUUUAUAAUUAAGUCGGGUGCAGUUUUUGCGGUGCCUGCGCCCCUCGCCCCGCGCCCCUCCCUUGCGAGCCCGUCUCCACUAUUGUAG